AUGGCAAUCAUCGUCCCUAUCAGCGGCCAACUAGCCGACAGACUCAGGAAGAAAACACUGACCACAACCGCUGUUCGAAAAAUAUUUAAUUGCGGAGGUUUUGGAAUGGAGGCAUUUUUUUUACUUAUUGUGGCAUUUGCCAAUUCAUACACUACUGCUAUGGCAUCCCUCAUCUUGGCUGUUUCAUUCAGCGGCUUCGCCAUCUCGGGCUACAACGUCAACCAUCUUGAUAUUGCUCCAAGGUAUGCAAGCAUUUUAAUGGGUCUCUCCAAUGGAAUUGGUACAAUCUCGGGUAUUCUCUGCCCUGUUAUUGUGGAAUAUAUAACCACACAAGGAACAAAGCGUCAGUGGAUGUGGGUCUUCAUCUUGGCGAGUUCUGUCCACUUCUUUGGUGUCACCUUCUACGCAAUCUUUGCUUCUGGCGAGAAGCAGCACUGGGCCGAGGCCGCUGACGACACACCGCUGGCCUGGAAGUCACCCACUGAUGUCCCGGAGAGCAUAGCUAAAUCCGGUUAUGGCUAUGGUAAUGAAGAGGAAAACGAUCCAGACGCGUCCGUUCAAAAGCCACUGAAGCAAAACCUAGUAACCGGCAACUCUGACCACGGGACGAGUUCACCUCGACCCUAUGUAAUGCACACGUACAGGGCAAGUAACAGGUCAGUGGCUGAAGACGACGCAUACCACCAAGCCUACUAA